AUGACAAAAGCGUUCAGCUGUUUGUUUAAAAAUGCUUCGUCUGGCCCUCAGAGGAUUCUUGGUGGUCAAUUAACAACCAUCAACAAUUAUCCUUAUGCUGCAGUACUUCUUAACACUCCCAACGGAAUUAAUUUUGUUCAAGAGUGUGGCGGUGUGAUCCUAAGUGUCCGCUCUGUUCUCACUGCUGCUCAUUGCAUUUACUUUACAUCAGCUCAAUCAUGGCGUGUUCGAGUCGGAUCUUCUUACGCUAGCAGCGGUGGCAACACACACACUGUCUCUCAGCUUAUCAGUCAUCCUCAGUUUGACUACUACAGGCAAAAUGAUGUAGGCAUUAUUAGGAUCUCAUCUACGUUUGCUAUCGGCGGUAAUGUUCAACUUGGCAGGUUUGCUGGUGAGGGUUAUGUCGUAGCAGAUGACCAACCUGUUAGAACAAUUGGCUGGGGCUCAGCUGAUGGUAGUAAUUCUCGUUCUGAACAAUUAAGAUUUGUUAACAUCCGAACUGUAAACCAGGAAGUCUGUCGUAGUAAUUACAAUAUAAUUGCAAUGACCGUGUUGCCAAAUACGAUGUGCGCUGGUAUCAUAGAACAGAGGAAUGUAGGACCUUGCUAUGGUGACUACGGUGGUCCUUUAAUCCACGGCACUGAUGUAGUACUCGGCAUAGCCUCCUGGGACGCUGGAUGCGGCUACCUAAAUUAUCCAACCGUUUAUACCCGAGUACCUCAUUUCAUUGCCUGGAUCCAGAGCAAUGCG